UCUUCCCUCCCUCCCUCUUUCCGUUUAUUGCCGUAAGUGGCUUCAUUGAGCACAAUUUCACUAGAAACUUUGAAACCCAAGUUCGGAUCUUUAAGUUCUGCUUCUAUCUUCCACUAUUUUCCAUUUGGGUGCUCUUCUUCUUCACCAGUUACAAAACCCAUUUCAAUAUACACAGAUUUAGUGGUACCAGACCACUGUGUUGAACUUAACAUUGACUGAGAGCAUUGGGGCCUGAAUGGCAAGGCAAAUGGACACAGAGUCGGCUUCUGUUUUACGGGGUUUUCGACCGAAUCUGUACAAGACAACUCUAUGCCUUGCUUAUCAGAGCCUUGGUAUUGUUUAUGGGGAUCUAAGCAUAUCCCCCAUAUAUGUCUACAAAAGCACUUUCUCAGGUGAUCUGCAUCUUUAUGAGGACGAUCAUGAGAUUCUUGGAGUACUUUCUAUCGUUUUCUGGACUUUGACUCUUAUCCCCCUUUGCAAGUACAUUAUAUUUGUGUUAGGAGCAGAUGACAAUGGUGAAGGUGGAACUUUUGCUUUGUAUUCAUCACUAUGCCGGCACUCAAGAAUGGGCCUUUUGAACACAGUUCAUCCUGCACAUGAACGUAUAUCUUCUUACUGUUCUGAAAUACCUACCAAGGAUACAAGAAUGAGCUUACUCAUAAAAGAAUUUUUUGAGAAGCAUAAGAGUUCUCGAAUAGUAUUGCUACUUGUAGUUUUCCUAGGAACUGGCAUGAUAAUUGGUGAUGGUAUCCUUACUCCAACAAUGUCUGUUCUUUCUGCAGUUUAUGGAAUCAGAAUUAAAGCUCCAGAUUUACAUGAGAAUUAUACUGUGUUCAUAGCUUGCAUCAUCUUGGUCGGGCUUUUUGCUCUUCAGCAUUAUGGGACACACAAAGUUGGGUUUCUUUUUGCUCCAAUCAUGUUAAUAUGGUUGCUAUGCAUUUCUGGGGUAGGCAUGUACAAUAUCUUCUGCUGGAACCCUGGUGUUAUAGGUGCUCUGUCUCCCUACUAUAUUUAUAACUUCUUCAGAAAAACUGGAAGAAUUGGGUGGAGUUCCCUUGGAGGCGUUGUUCUUUGUCUCACAGGUACAGAAGCAAUGUUUGCUGAUCUUGGGCAUUUUUCCAAACUCUCUAUCAGGAUUGCAUUUACAGGCCUUGUUUAUCCUUGCUUAGUCCUGGCAUACAUGGGAGAAGCUGCUUAUCUCUCCAAGAACAAAAUGGAUAUUAGUAGCAGUUUUUACAAGGCCAUCCCAGAGGUUAUGUUUUGGCCAGUACUUAUUAUCGCAACUCUUGCUUCUGUGGUGGGAAGUCAAGCAAUAAUUUCAGCUACCUUCUCAAUAGUCAGUCAGUGCAGGGCACUGAGGUGCUUCCCACGUGUGAAGAUCAAACAUACAUCAAAUCAGAUACAUGGGCAGAUAUACAUACCUGAGGUGAAUUGGAUGUUGAUGAUGUCAUGUCUUGCUGUCGUUAUUGGAUUCAGAGACACUCGUAUGAUAGGCAACGCAUAUGGGCUUGCUGGAGUGACAGUGAUGUUCAUCACAACCUGCUUGAUGUUUUUAAUUAUUAGCACAGUUUGGAAGAAAAAUGUUCUUCUGGCAGUCUUGUUUUUCGUAGUCUUUGGAUCUCUAGAACUACUCUAUAUUUCUGCCUGUCUUGGUAAAGUACAUCAUGGAGGCUGGCUUCCCCUUCUAUUUGCUCUUGUAAUUGUGUCUUUGAUGUCUAUCUGGAAUUACGGGACCAUGAAGAAAGAUGCAUUUGAGCUGGAAAACAAGGUAUCAUUGGAUAGGCUUCUAAGCCUUGGGCCAAGCCUAGGUAUAGCAAGGGUCCCUGGAAUCUGCCUACUUUACUCUAAUGUUGCCUUUGGUCUACCUCCAAUGUUUGCACAUUUUGUCACAAACUUCCCUGCAUUUCAUCAUACUCUCAUCUUUGUGACCCUUAAGUCUUUGAUGGUUCCAAAAGUUCCAGUUGUUGAGCGUUUUCAUGUAAACCGAAUUGGCCCACCAGAAUUGUCUAUUUUCCGGUGUAUUGUAAGGUAUGGAUACAAGGAAGUGAGAGAUUGCUACAACUUUGAAACCCAACUGAUUGAAAAGGUGGCAGAGUUUUUGAAACAGGAGAGUACUAUUGAAGACAUGACAGUUAGAGGGCAGUCACCAAACCAUAUAUCUGCUGCAGUGGGAAACGAGGUUUGUCGUGACAUUGCUGAGCAGCGGAGGAAGGAGGUUAGUGGGGGCAGUGGUGAGCAGUGGAGUAACACAGGGUUUCAAAGUUUGGGAUCCUGUCAGGAGAUGAAGAAACUCAUGGAGGCACGGGAAGCUGGUGGCGUGGCCUACAUGAUGGGCAAUCCUUAUAUUGUGGCAAGUGGGGUAUCACCAUUCCUGAAGAAGUUUGCCAUUAACAUUGUCUAUGGUUUUCUGAGACGGAACUGCAGGCGUCCAGCAAUUGCACUUGGAGUUCCACAUACCUCACUGCUUGAAGUGGGAAUGCUUUAUCAGGUGUAACUAUAGCAUGUAGUAAAUAAACUCAGAGGUAAGAAAGGAGGUUGACAGAGAAAAGUUAUUUUCUUUACCAAGCUUUUUAUUUGAUGAAAUAGAAAUGCAGUUGAUAUGGGGCAUUGACAGGAUGUUUAUGGUUAGCAAAUAUAGGGAAAAAUGUGCUUAGCUGUGUAUAUGGUGCAAGUUGUAAUCUGAUCAUAGGAAACUUAAAAUGAAGUGCUAACAGCCAACACUCUUAUGUACUUCACAAGAUAUAUAUAAUAAACAAGAAAAAAGUUUUGGCAAAAAACUCA